AUGGCGGACGCUCUCGCUCACCUCGACAACCGUACCAAGCUGGAAUGGCAGGCCUCCCUCGACACCGAGUAUCAGCCAAAGAAGGUUCACCGCCGUACCAGCAUCAUCUGCACCAUUGGUCCCAAGACCAAUUCUCCCGAGAAGAUUACCAUGCUCCGCAAGGGCAAGUACACCAUAGCAUACUAG